UUGUCUCAAUGACUGAUGCCUCUGCACAGCACCGACCUGGAACCCAACGCUCCUCAAACCUUGAACCGGCCGCUUUCUGCCUAUCUCAGGCACCGGCACCUCCAGGGAUGAUCGAGCAGGAUGUGACCCUGCAAGAAGCUCCCCGAGAGGGAGAACUACUCGUGAACUCACCCUGGACUCGGUCCCUCAUCGCGGGCGCCCUCGCCGGCCUCACGGUCGACUUCUCCCUGUACCCCCUCGACACGGUCAAGACGCGGCUACAGUCGAACCUGACGAGGAGCAACCAUGCGUCCAUCCUCCCGCGCCAUACCGUCCAGGGUACGCUGCGGAGCAUGUACGCCGGGCUCCCCUCGGCGUUGCUGGGAUCCAUGCCGUCGGCUGCGUCCUUCUUCGUCGUCUACGAUGGCGUCAAGAGAUCGCUGAUCGAUCCGAAGCAGUCGUCCUCACAACAGGCGUCCGCGCACAUGCUGGCUUCGUCGCUCGGGGAGAUCGCGGCUUGCGCCAUCCGCGUGCCCACCGAGGUCGUCAAGCAGCGAGCUCAAGCAGGACUCUUUGGUGGCUCGGCGUUGCUCGCGUUGCAGGACAUCCUGGGCCUGAGAAAGACCGAUGGCUUCACGACCAUGGUCCGGGAGCUGUACAGAGGAGGCGGAGUGACUAUUAUGCGCGAGAUACCCUUCACAAUCACCCAGUUCAGCCUGUGGGAAUACUUCAAGGCCUCCUACUCAGAUCGACAGCACAGACUAACCGGCCGCCAUGAAGGACUGGUCACGGCCUCCGAGAGCGCAAUCUUCGGCAGCAUCGCCGGAGGUAUCGCCGCCGGGUUCACAACACCGCUGGACGUGCUGAAGACCCGCAUCAUGCUCGCUCGGAAGGAGGCCGGCAGUUCGUCCGCUCGAGCCGGUCCCGUGAGAGUCCUGCAGCAAAUAUGGAGGGACGAGGGCGCCCCGGGCUUGUUUCGUGGCUUUGUGCCCCGUGUGGGCUGGAUUAGCACCGGAGGUGCGAUCUUUCUAGGAACAUACCAGUAUGUCUGGAAUCUCCUAGGUCAUGAAGAAUCAUGAAGGAUUUUCCACCAUGGGUCUGCAUCGAUUGCAAGUCUACAGGAACCGGACGACCUUCCGCUCAGAAAUGAAAGAGCAUUCUAAAUCUAGCUAAUGUGUAUCCUACGUCAUGUGAUUUUUGUGCAAAUGUUA